UCCAGAGGUUACCAAAGACAUUGUAACAUCCUCACAGUGCCAUAAUAGACCUGAGCUCUUUACAAAGGAAAUGAAAGAGUUUCACGAAUUAGGGCUAUUGACCUUAAAAGAACCAGCCUGGAAUGAACGUCGCAAGCAAGUAAACGCUUUUUUUAAAAUCAAUGUCCUGCUCAGUUUCCUUCCUAUUUUUAAUGCGGAGACCAAAUCUUUAAUUACUGUGAUGGACAGUUUUGUGGAUCAGGGGGAACGAAAUGUGUUAUCUGAUAUACUCAGAUGGUCAUUUAAAAUUGCUAAUCAAACUAUAAUUGGCACUGAUGUUGAGCAAUAUGCCGAGUUUAAAAACAAUGAAAUCAUCAAUUUAUUCCGAUUGUACUCGACGAUGAUCUUUCUUAAUAUUAGCCAACCUUUUCGUAGGAACAACUUUAUUUCUAAUAUAUUUGGUUUUUGGAGGGAAAAGGAAGAGCUCUUUGAAAAAAUUGAUCCGUUCAUCGAAAAAGUAAUUGAUGCCAAACUGAAGUCGAGUCCUGAAAUGUGUUCAAAAUUCUCAAAAAACACAGUAAAAAGCUCGGUGAUUGAUCUUUAUAGGAAUGGCAAAUUGGAUUAUAUCGACUUGAAAGGAGAGUUUAGUGGGUUGAUAACCGCCUCAUACGAAACCUCAGCUUUUACUCUCACACAUGCACUUAUUCUUUUGGCCAUGUUUCCUGAAUGCCAGGACACCGUCUUUGAGGAGCUCAAGGGGGUCUUUCCGAUUUCUGGACCCUUCGAUGUGACCUACGAAGAUAUCCAGAAAUUGGAAUAUAUGGAUCGCGUUUUCAAUGAAACCUUGCGUCUAUUUCCAGCGGUUCCGAUCAUUCCGAGGGAGGUAAAAGCAGAUAUUCGACUGUCGAAUGGUGUCCUCAUUCCCAAGGAUGUUAUUGUUUUGAUCGAUAUUUUCAACCUUCACCGCAACAAGGACGUAUGGGGACCCGAUGCCGAUAUCUUUAACCCCAAUAAUUUUCGACGAGAUAAAACGCGUGUUCGUCAUCCUUGUGCCUUCAUACCAUUUUCAAAGGGAAUGAGAAAUUGCAUAGGCUCAAGAUAUGCUCCAAUACCCGUAAAAAUCGCCUUAGCCAUGAUUCUCAGAAAUUAUAAACUAAGCACAAAUUUUCGAUUUGAAGAUCUUGAAUAUAUUCAAAGUAUCCCAAUAUCCCUAAAAGAAAUACCUUUGCUGAACUUCCAAAAAAGGAUUUAAAAAUGAAACGAUUACAUUUUUUUAUAUUAUUUUUUUGAGCUUUACACUUAAAAUAAAAUAUUUCCCAUCAUGG